UGUCGUCAUUUCCUCAACUGCGAAAGAGGGGCCUGGCGAGAUCGUUGAAGAAGCCUGUCCAAAGAGUAAACAUAUUUCCUCAAUAAUAUAGGAUACACCUCCAUAGACUGUGUUAUCGUCUGUGUUGUGUGGAGAAGCUUUAAACAAUUUACCCACAGCAAUGUCGGCCCAAGCUCAAAUGAGAGCUUUGCUCGAUCAACUAAUGGGGACUGCGAGGGACGGGGAUGAGACGCGGCAGAGGGUCAAAUUCACUGAUGAGAGGGUCUGCAAAAGCCAUCUCCUGAACUGCUGUCCCCACGACAUCCUCUCCGGAACUCGUAUGGAUCUGGGAGAAUGUGCGAAGACCCACGACCUGGCACUCCGGGCCGACUAUGAAAUUGCCUCCAAGGAGAGAGACCUCUUCUUUGAGCUUGAUGCUGUGGAUCACCUGGAGUCUUUCAUUGCCGACUGCGACCGGAGAACAGAGUUGGCCAAGAAACGACUGGUUGAGACCCAAGAUGAGAUCAGUGCGGAGGUGGCUGAAAAGGCAGAGACUGUUCACGAGCUGAACGAGGAGAUUGGGAAGCUCCUGGCCAAGGCAGAGCAGCUGGGUGCCGAGGGGAAUGUGGAUGAGGCCCAGAAGGUCCUACAGGAAGUGGAGAAAGUUCGCAGCAGGAAGAGGGAUGCUGAGGAGGAGUACAGAAACUCCAUGCCUGCCUCCAGUUUCCAGCAGCAGAAGCUUCGUGUCUGUGAGGUGUGCUCGGCCUACCUGGGUCUCCACGACAACGACCGUCGCCUGGCCGACCACUUUGGCGGGAAGCUGCAUCUGGGCUUCAUCCAGAUCAGGGAGAAACUGGAAGCCCUGAAGAAAACUGUCCUGGAAAAGCAGGAGAAGAGGAACCAGGACCGCCUGAAGAGGAGAGAAGAGCGGGAGAAGGAGGAGAGGAUGAAGAAGAGGACCAAAUCACGGAGCAGGGAACGGAGCAGGGAACAUAGAAGGUCCAGCUCUCGCGACCGUAGGAGACGCCGUUCGCGUUCCUCGUCUCGGGAGAAGCGGCGUUCCUCCCGCUCACGCUCCAGGGACCGGGAGAGGAGGCGACGCCACCGCAGCCGAUCCCGCAGCAAGGGCGCCCGCCACAGCCACGAGCCCAGCUCCCGACACAAGUCGUCCAGGGAUCGCGAUCGCUCCUCCAGAGAACGUUCACGGGAGCGAAGCAAGAAGAGGGGAUCCUCGGAGCGGCGGCAGGACAGCAGGGAUCAGAACGGGAGAACAGAAUCCCGCCGGGCGGAGGUCAGGGAUAGAGACCUUUGAGGACUCUCUCUCUCUCUCUCUCUCUCUCUCUCUCUCUCUCUCUCUCUCUCUCUCUCUCUCGCUGUCUCCAUCCUCAACACACAACCUCCUUUUGUCUGUCUCUCUUUCAUAUCUGU